GUGUUGUUAUAUUUCAUUGUGUCUAGCUGGUGUGGGUGGGAAUUAAUUUAAUUAUAUUACUUAACAAAUCAAAGCUGUGCUAGAGCGUCAUGGCAACGGUUCGCAUACCCAAGCAAAAGGUCAUACUUUGCGGCGACUAUGGUGUGGGCAAGAGCUCCUUGUUCCGACGCUUCACAAACAACACAUUUGUCACCGAAACAGACCGCAAAUCGACGCUGGGCCUGGAUCACAUUGACCGCGAGUACAAUGUAGGCGAGAAGCAAAUUAAGCUGCAACUGUGGGACACUGGCGGCAUGGAACGCGUCGCAUCUGUAACUUCAUCCUACUACAAAUUUGCAGAGGGUGCUAUUCUGGUAUUUGCCUUGGACAAUGCCGCAUCAUUCCAUUCGCUGUCGCAACACUUGCUGGACAUUGUAACGUAUGCAGAGAACGCUAAAAUCUUCAUAUGCGGCAAUAAGAGCGACCUCGAAGGUCGUGAGCCAGAAGUAAGCGAUGAGGAAGUCGAAGCAUUUUGUGAGCAGUGCCAUACGCUGAUAAGCGCUACCUACAAGACAUCCUGUCGCACGGGCAAGGGCAUCGAGGAUAUGUUUCAGGAUAUUUCACGUCAGUUGGUACAGGCCAAUCGAUCCAAAAUGGAGCUACAGGCACUCGAGCAGCAGAGUUUUCAAAUAGACAAGGUCAACGAGACAGAGAUUAACGAGGAGGCCUCCUCGUGCAGCUGCUAGCAGUUGGGAAACAUUGAGUUUG